CAAAACCACGUCCAUUUGAUCUCCGGCCGCCGCUUCCCACUUAUAGCCGGCCCUCUGUCCAUUGACCAGGCUGUGACAUACCUGCUCGAUGCGCCUACCAUCGUCAGCCGCCUGGCAGCGAUGUCAUGGACGUAUGUCCAGGCUCCGCAGGACGGCACCCUUUGGCUGGAGUAUAUACCACCGGAGAAGGAGCGCUUCUCCAGUGAUGGAUAUGUUUGGGGCGAUCCGGAGACGAGCAUUUGCCAUGAGUUUAAUGGUUACACGAUCGAGCUCUACCGGCACACUGUCGGCUACCGUCCGCACCAUGACCAGAUGGCUUCGCACGCACGAACUCGGUACCAUCUCAUAGCAAAGAACCCCGCCGUCAACGCUGCAAAGCCGGAUCCCGCGCUGUGGAUCGUUCACUACCAUACGACUGAUGCGAAUCGGAUGCUCCCAAGCAGUCAGGUGCCUUUCCCUCCGCAGAUGCAGCAAAUCAUGCGCGAGCGGCAGGUGCUUGAGGCGCAAGGCAGACUCGAGAAACGCGAUUUCAUGUUGCACGACCGCAGCGCUUGGCCGGCCCUCAACCUACCCAACGCCGCUACUCUGCAGCGACAGAUGAGCAUGCAACAGCAAGGCUACCCUUCCCAAGCCAGCCAGGCGCAGGCGGCCAUGAUGCGAAAUCAAUAUCCCCAAUACCCAGCUUAUCAACAACAACAACCACAACAUCUACAACCCCCGCCGGCCAAGCGUCAGCGGCCGAACCCGUCCGUCUCGGGUGCUUCGGUUUUGCUCGAUGGUAUUCAUGGAGACACGUCGAUUGAAGAUGAAGAGAACACCACGCUUGGUGACUUCUUCGACCAUCUCACCCCACGCGAUAUCAGCGUGUCACGGUACAUGCAACAUCAUCGUUGGAUGGAAGAGGUCUUCUCUUCACCUUACGCUUCUAAUCAGAUUGUGCCGGCAGAUCUCGGUCUCGGUCUGAUGGGCGAGCUGAAGGGCUUGACUGACGGCAUUCUUGAGCCGCCGACUGUAGACCUUGCGCUGAGCGAGCAGCCCCUACAGAAGGCGAAAGAAGCCCAGCCGUUCACUAACCUGAGCAAGGAGCAACUCGAAGAAUUCAACAAGCGCGUAGCGACGCACCUUGAAGAAGGUCAAGCCGAGAUCGAGCGGAUGAAGGCCGAACAUGCCAGAGAGAUGGGCGAGUGGAAGAAGACGAAUCUGUUGAUGCAAUCAGAGAAGAAACUGCGUUACGCAACUUGGCAGGGCCAUGAAGAUGCUGUACCUGCCUAUCGGCUUGAAGAUCCGUCGGCCACCGAGCAUAUGUCUGACUCCGAAAAGCGAGUAACACUUGAAGAUGUUCUGAAGGAGGUCGAAGAUGCGCUUGGCGUCAAGAUCUCUGCCCGCAAAGAAGCAGAGAUGGUGGAAAAGGGCGGU